CUUGUCACUGCUUCUCAUACAGCGAAUGGGCCGAGAAAUAAGAUCAUAUCUGGUCCAGCGUUAUCUUUGGCAUGGGAGAGGGAGAUCAGUAGCCUUUGUUGCAUUUGUGAUGCAUUGAAAAGGGGCCCUCUUUAUGGACGAUUGAUUGCAAUAUAUGCAAAGUAAGGAAGACAUCACACGUGCGGGAGUUAGUUAGCUAGCUAGCUGAUCUUCCCCAGCGGUUGACUGCCCUGCUCUUUCUCUCUCUUCACUCUACUACCCAAGUCCGACGGAAGACCUAAGAGCUCUACUCUGUACCGAGGGCUCUACUCUGUACCGAGGGCUCUACUCUGCACCGAGGGCUCUACUCUGCACCGAGGGCUCUACUCUGCACCGAGGGCUCUACUCUGCACCGAGGGCUCUACUCUGCACCGAGGGCUCUACUCUGUACCGAGGGCUCUACUCUGCACCGAGGGCUCUACUCUGCACCGAGGGCUCUACUCUGUACCGAGGGCUCUACUCUGCACCGAGGGCUCUACUCUGCACCGAGGGCUCUACUCUGCACCGAGGGCUCUACUCUGCACCGAGGGCUCUACUCUGCACCGAGGGCUCUACUCUGCACCGAGGGCUCUACUCUGCACCGAGGGCUCUACUCUGUACCGAGGGCUCUACAUAAAAGCUCUAAGCCCCGUCACACUACUCCGGUUGGAAGAGCCGUAACCCAGCCAGUGGAGGGGUCAUCAUGACUCAGAGUCCCGUCCAUGGCUGCUCGGUCUGUGUGGCCCAGCUGACAGUCUUCCUCUCCCUUGCCCUGCUGUUGUGUCCCCUGGGGAGAGCACUCGGCGAAGACCAGGCUUCUCCGGCCCAGGUGCUGCAGGGCCUGUUGGAGCGAUAUGGGGACAAUGCCACCAUCUCUGUCCCCCAGCUCCGCUCUUUGCUGGCACGACUCGGUGCACCUGGCCUGGGAGACAACGGCACCGCUGCAGAGGCGACAGCUCCACCGGCGCCGCCCAGAGUCAACCUGUCCAAAUGCUUACCUGGAGACACGCUGGCAGUUUACAGUAUGAACGAGCAGUCUCGUCUGGAUGGGCGUGGCCUACAGGAGCUCUGCCCCACCAUGCUUCAGCAAUUGGACUCGGGCGCCUGUGGGGUGGAGAAAAAGGAGGAGCUUAUCAUAGACCCGCCUUCCAAACCCACUGCUGCUGAAGUUUGGGGUUAUGGCUUCCUGUGUGUGACCUUCAUUUCUCUGUGUUCGCUGGUUGGGGCCAGUGUGGUCCCCUUCAUGAGGAAAACCUUUUACAAGCGUCUGCUGCUCUACUUCAUAGCCCUGGCCAUUGGCACCCUCUACUCCAACGCCCUGUUUCAGCUCAUCCCAGAGGCAUUUGGUUUUAACCCUAUGGUGGACAACUAUGUGUCUAAGUCCACGGUGGUGUUUGGAGGGUUUUACCUCUUCUUCUUCACUGAGAAGAUCCUCAAGAUGCUGCUCAAACCGAAGGAUAAGGGCCAUGACCACAGCCAUUUCCCAGCCAACGGAGACAUGGAAGAGGGCGUGACAGAGAAGCUGCAGCAGAGUGGAGAGGUGGGGCUUAACCUGCCCAAGGUGGACGGAGGAGAGGGGGACCGCAUGCUCACCCCUGCACUGACCCCACCGGACUCUCAGAGCCUGGGUGGAGGAAACAGCAGAGGAGGCUGCUAUUGGCUGAAGGGUACAGCGUACUCUGACAUUGGCACGCUGGCCUGGAUGAUCACGUUGAGCGACGGGCUCCAUAACUUCAUCGACGGCCUGGCCAUCGGAGCAUCCUUCACUGCCUCGACGUUCCAGGGCAUCAGCACCUCCGUGGCUAUACUCUGUGAGGAGUUUCCCCAUGAACUGGGAGACUUUGUGAUCUUGUUGAAUGCUGGGAUGAGCAUCCAGCAGGCUCUGUUCUUUAACUUCCUGUCUGCCUGCUGCUGCUACCUGGGCAUGGGUUUUGGCAUCCUGGCAGGAAACAGCUUCUCACCUCAAUGGAUCUUUGCCCUGGCAGGGGGCAUGUUCCUCUACAUCGCCCUGGCAGACAUGUUCCCGGAGAUGAACGAGGUGAGUCGUGAGGAGGAGGAGGCGGGGGGAAGCAGCUUCCUUGUGACCUUCAUCAUCCAGAACGCGGGCCUCCUAACAGGCUUUGCCAUCAUGCUGCUACUGACCACCUACUCUGGAGCCAUCACUAUAGACUAGCAUUAUUAUUCACACAACUACACCCUACCGGUUUUAACCAGAUCCAACCGCUUUCAACUGUAAUGAUUCCCUUUGGAGCUGAAUGGAAAUGCCCCUCCCUCCCCAGGCCCCAUUUUGCCCUGAAUUCUCCCUCAGGACUUUAGAGACCCGGGGCUUCGGUACUAGCGGCAGGAACGCACCCUAUAAGACUUAAGCAGUUCCCAAAUGCAGUAGCUACUAGUACACUGGCAGGGGAAUCGGCCUCCUUCAUCUCUCUUGGGCCUUCUCUGACCCCCCUAGUUUACUGGCAGGGGAACCGCCCGCCAUCAUCUCUCUUGGGCCUUCUCUGACCCCCCCUAGUACACUGGCAGGGGUACCACCCUCCCUCAUCUCUCUUGGGCCUUCUCUGACCCCCCUAGUUUACUGGCAGGGGAACCGCCCGCCAUCAUCUCUCUUGGGCCUUCUCUGACCCCCCCUAGUACACUGGCAGGGGUACCACCCUCCCUCAUCUCUCUUGGGCCUUCUCUGACCCCCCUAGUUUACUGGCAGGGGAACCGCCCGCCAUCAUCUCUCUUGGGCCUUCUCUGACCCCCCCCCCCCUAGUACACUGGCAGGGGUACCACCCUCCCUCAUCUCUCUUGGGCCUUCUCUGACCCCCCUAGUUUACUGGCAGGGGAACCGCCCGCCAUCAUCUCUCUUGGGCCUUCUCUGACCCCCCUAGUACACUGGCAGGGGUACCACCCUUCCUCAUCUCUCUUGGGCCUUCUCUGACCAGCCCCCCCCCCCCUGCCAGCUAGGUGACUAGCCUAGAGAUCCCUUUCCCCUCUGUUCUAUGCCACCUGCAGGGACAGGAACGAGUCAUAGGCAGGGGGUAGGACCACCAUAUUAUCUCCUAUGCUGAUGACCAACAGACAUGCAAUAUCUACAAACCAUUAUAAAAACACAGUUCAUAUAUCAACUAUACUAGGUAUAAAUAAAGUUAUUUAAUCAAACACUUCCUUGUUCCCCAGACUACUGAGAGACCAUUUUGGCUCUACAAAGACUCUGCUGUUGUCAUGGAGAUCAUUCUGUCAUUGGUUAGUUUGGACAUGCAUGAUGAGCGUCGAGUUGGACAUUUUGAGCAACCAGGGGUGUAUUCAUUACGGAAACCGUUUGAGAACCAAACCGUAGCAAACAGAGCAAAUGGAACGAAACGGUAAGGGACCUACCAGAAUUUGUCCAAUAGAAAUGAUGUUUGGUUUCUGUUACAAAAUGUUUUGCAACAUGUUUUGCAACAGAAUCUGCGUAAUGAUUACACCCCAGGGUCCAGUGACUUGGAAAUAGUGUAUUUAUGUUACCCAUAUGCCUCUUGAGUGCCCAUGGGCCAAACUAUGGUGGCCUCUGCAGCACAAUCAGGUAAUAGCAGUUGUAUUGUAGACAUCCUUGGACUUUCUCAUUUUUUCAUUGUCAGAGUGCAAACCCUUUUUUCAAUACAUACCAAAAAGAAAGUGUUUCUCAUAUAUAUAUAUAUAUAUAUAUAUAUAUAUAUAUAUAUAUAUAUAUAUAUAUAUAUGACACACAGAUCAACCGGAAAGUUGAGCAAGCCGGCGUGAAGAAGAACAAAUCCUUUCCCCAACAUAGGACUGAUGUGUGUCUGUGAGUAAGUAGAUGUUAUGUUUUACUUCAGGAGGAACCAGACAAACGCAAAAUGAGGACAGACAGACCAUUUAUGAUGGACUCCAUUGGGACUUGUUUUUCCUCCAAAAUGUGACAAAAGUGAAGAACAAAAACCUUUUGAUUUUGUAGCUUUCUGUCCUGGUUUCCUCGGCUGACAUUCUCUACUAAGAUCUCAGCAAAUAGCUCCCUAUUAUAGUACACUUCCUAAAAUAAGGUUUUCUGUAGGGAAUAGAGUGCCAUUUUGGACAAAGCCUAUGUUUGAUGGAUGGACGGACUAUGGUGGCACCUGAAGCCACGGUCUAUUUCUCCCAAUCAGUUCCCCCAUCUAGCUAACCAUCUGUGCCCUUCAUAUGUUGUUGACUUGAUUUUUCUAAGACUCUUUAUCUCUAUGAAUGCAAUCCUCCAUUCCUUAUCCAUACCAUUGUCAUAUUGAGAUAACGUCUAUUGUUGUAUUAUUUGUAUGUAAUGAAUGAAUGGUUAGAAUCAAAGACUGUACGCAGAAUCAUAGUCACACUUAAAGGAGUAGUUCACUAUUUUACAAGAUAAUGUUCGAUGGUUCUUCACCCUGAACAUAGUCAAUGGGCCAGGAGAAACUGUAAUCCAUGGUUCGGUUUUCUUUAAACAGCCACAACAAACUUCAGCUAACUUUUGCCACACAGCUGGCUAAAAAUCUAUGGAAGUGAUGGGCAGCUUUUAAAAAGUAGAAUGUCCAAAUCACCCACAAUCAAUUCUAUAUUUUGUUUGCUGGAACUUUAAAGUGAUUUGGCCUUUAAAAAUAAAAAACAUGCUCACUUCCAUAGAUUCACUUCCAUAGAUUUGUAGCUAGCGGUGGCUAAAGUUGGUAAUGGCUGAUUAAUGAAAACUGAUUUUUUUAUUUAACUAGGCAAGUCAGUAAAGAACAAAUUAUUGGGCCUCCCGAGUGGUGCUAGCUGUGCCAUUAGAGAUUCUGGGUUCGAGCCCAGGCUCUGUCGCAGCCGGCCGUGAGACCCAUGGUGCUGUGCACAAGCCCCAGCGCUGUCCGGGUUAGGGGAGGGUUUGGCCGGCAGGGAUGUCCUUGUCCCAUUGCGCACUAGCGACCCCUGUGGCGGGCCGGGCGCAGUGCAC